AUGAAAAUAGAAGUUCAUAUCAAGGAUAAACAAUUUGCAAUAAAUUGUGGAGACGGACUACAAAAGGUCAAAUGGUUAGGAGAUGUAGCCAUUUUUAGACAUAGUCAUUUCUAUUCUUAAAUAAACUCUACAACAAAAGGAAUUAAAUUAGAAAAUGGUGAAAUGGUUGAUUUGAAUGCUAUAAUAAGUAGCACUUUAGCAGAAAACACUCAUGUUUGGGUUGUUUUAAAAGAGGAUUUAGAAGCAAUGGGUAUGGAUACAAAAUAGCAGCAACAAUAACAUAAGAGACCAAUAACUGCUGUAAGCAGAAGAAAAUGA